AUGAAACGUAACUCCAAAUCAAAGACUGCCGAGGAAGUCUUUAAUGAGUGUUACAAUCAACUCCGCGCAGAUGCCAAAGAGUGGAUGCUUGAGAACUCGAAAAACUACACAGUUGUCGCAGUGUUGAUUGCGACUGUUGCCUUUGCUGCUGCGUACACAGUACCAGGGGGUCUAGAUCCUAACACGGGUCAACCAGUUCUUAAGAAAAAAACGUUGUUCUUCUAUUUUACGGUGGCGGAUGCAGUAUCGCUCUCUGCAGCUCUGACGUCAGUCAUCAUGUUUCUCAAUAUAAUUAUAUCGUCGUAUAGGUUUAAGGAUUUUGAGAAAUCUCUUAUUUGUAAGAUGAAUUCAGGACUUACGAUGUUGAUGAUCUCUGACGCGAUGUUGAUGGUGGCAUUUGCAGUGACACUUAUUCUAACGAUAAUUAGUGGCAGAGAAUGGAUUGACAUCACCUUGUAUGCGGUCUCCUUCUUCCCAGUACUUGUUUUCAUAUUCUCGUAUUUUGAGUUUCAGAAGAUACAACUUUUGUCUCCCCUUUGGAAAUCCAAACAUAUCAUACGAAACAUCCUCUCCAAGUUUAGUGGUCCAAAACCCGCAGUUUGGUAUUCUGGAGUACGAGCUAGGACUACUCCUCCUCCUCCUCCAGCGAUUAUUUAA